AUGGCGAAGCGACGCGGCGACGGUGCGUCGCGGACGACGACGACGACGGCGGCGGCGGCGGCGACGCGGACGACGGCGAUGCGCACGCCCGAGGGCGGCGGCGCCGGGACGGCGACGGAUGCGUCGAGACCGGACGACGGGUUCGACGUCGACGCGUUGUUCGGCGCGGCGAAGGCGAAGAAACGCGCGAGGGUGGAGGACGCGGUGAAGGGCGCGUCGAAGACGGAGGAGAGGAUGCGAGUGCUCCUGCCGGGGGAGAAGCGGCGGAAACAAAAGCGGACGACGGCGGAGUUCACGCCGGUGGAUAAACCGCGACGGACGGAGGACGGAUUGCCGGUGUUUAAGUCGUACGAUGAUUUCACCGACAUGAAGGCUGGUCAGGAUGGGGGUGGGGUGGACGAGAAGGGGCGGAAACUCGGUCCGAACGGCGAGCCGGGGGGCGAAUGUCCGUUCGACUGCUGGUGCUGCUUUUGA